AUGUUGCCUAAUGUUAACUGUCAAAUAUGUGAAAUAAAUCCAUCGAAAUACAAAUGUCCCAGUUGUUCAAUACGCUAUUGUUCGUUAGCUUGCUAUAAAAAUAAUGAAAAGCAUUGCCAUGACAAGCUUAAAAUGGAAGAAACUACUAAGCCAGCUACCUCAACUAAUAAAUCAUCAGAAAAUACAGACAAUACUACAGGCACUCAAUCAAAGGUAUUUGAGCAAAUUUCUAAGCCAGCAAUACCUUUGGCUACUGAAGAAUUUGAAAAUAUAUAUCAGACUACGCCAACUAUACAGGAACUUUUACAAUAUAAUACAGUUAAAUUCCAUUUGGCUAAGGUUUAUAGAAUUCUAAAUUCUGACCCUAGUAAUGAAGAAUCCACUCCAGAGAGUCGUAAGCAGUUAGCUAUAGAUUAUCUUAAUUUGUUAAGAUGCGGUGGGCCUCAUUAUAAUGAAGCCAUUGAAGAAUUUUGCCAAAUUCUGCUGGAAAAAAUAAGAUAG